AUGGCCCCUGCACUUCCUCUACUCGCUGUUUCGACCAGCUCCGUGCGGCCGCAUGCUGCUGUGCCCAGGCGACCUCGCCAGCGCCGUCGUCCGUCGCCGCGGCUCCGCCCGCGCCCGGCGUUCCUGUCACUGGAUGACGCCUGUGGGCUGGCCGCUCCCCUGCAACCUCCCUGGUGCGCCUCGCCCUCGCGGCCGCCAGAACCAGCUGCGUCGGCUACGCUGGCCGCCUUCCGCCCGAGCUGGCUCCACGCCUGGCGCCGUCUCGGCCCUCAGCCGUCUGGGUGGGGGGCCGGCCCUGUCCCCGAAGCUCCCGCCGGGUCGCCUCCGACCGUCGCCUGCGUCGGCUCGGCUCCGCCCGCGCGCCGGCUCCGCGUCCGCCCGGCCUCGUCCCGCUCCCGGCGCUUGGGCCGACUCCCCGACGCUGGCCGGCCCUGUCCCCGAAGCUCCCGCCGGGUCGCCUCCGACCGCCGCCUGCGUCGGCUCGGCUCCGCCCGCGCGCCGGCUCCGCGUCCGCCCGGCCUCGUCCUGCUCCCGGCGCUUGGGCCGACUCCCCGACGCUGGCCCGCCCUGCACCGGUUCCUCCCCGUGCCGGCUUCCCCGCGCGCCGCCUCGAGCGAGAGGCCGUCCGCCUCGCCUGCUCGCCCGUCGCCCCGGCCGACUACGGCUCCGGCGCCAGACGGCCUCGCCUGCUCGCCCGCCGCCCCGGCCGACUACGGCUCCGGCGCCAGACGGCCUCGCCUGCUCGCCCGCCGCCCCGUCCGACUACGGCUCCGUUGCCAGACGGCCUUGCCGGCUCGCCCGCCGCCCCGGCCGACUGCGGCCCCGGCGCCAGACGGCCUCGCCUGCUCGCCCGCCGCCCCGGCCGACUACGGCUCCGGCGCCAGACGGCCUCGCCGGCUUGCCCGCCGCCCCGGCCGACUGCGGCCCCGGCGCCAGACGGCCUCGCCUGCUCGCCCGCCGCCCCGGCCGACUACGGCUCCGGCGCCAGACAGCCUCGCCUGCAGGCCCGCCUCCGUCCGCCGCGCGGCUCCACUGCCUCCGACCCGCCUCCGCCUCCCCUGCGCGCGCCGGGCCGGCUCGCCGCUCGCCGGCCCCGCCAGCUCGGCCAUGGGCCUCCUCCGCUCCGCGCCGGCUCGCGGCUUCGCCUACACCCAUGCCCGUCGCCUGCCCGACCUCCCGCUCCAAGGCAUGGUUCUCUCUAGUUAG